AGCGCCAUUUUGAGACGUUUUAGGUAGCGCUUCAGCUAACUGCUUAACACACUCGUGUCCCGACUAGGUUAAUCUUGAUCUUGUUAAAAAUAAGUAAGUGUAAAAUUAUUUGUGUAUGGGAUGGCGAGAUGACUUCAGCUAUCUUCUCAGCAAUAAAUACUCUCACGAAACCUCUUGACGAGGCAUCUGUGCAUGAUGCUCAGCCCACACACCAAGAGGCUCUCCUGGCAGUGCUGCAGGGCAACAGAGCCCUUCUCCUUGAGCAGCUUCAGAGUGAGAGGAGCUUUGAGGAGGUGAGGAGGCUGAGGGAGGAGGUGAUGGCAGCAGCAAAAUGGUUCUCCAGCAAUACAGAAGAUGCCACAUGGGGCUUUGUCCAGGAGUGUCUCCUAUUGCUCCUCACCUUAGCCCGACACCUUUCUAUUGAACUUGAACUUUUCAAGCAGGCCUGUGCUCCCUCUGCAGCUAAACAACACACUCCCGAAAUGGCUCCACCUUUACCUCCUGAUAUUCUUAGUGUAACCCAGCAGAAGACGCUUGGAGCUGCUCUUCAGUUUGUGGUCUCUCUGGGACUCUGCCCCUAUUUGGCUCCUGGAGUGGGUGUGCCACUGGGUUGCAGGUCAGCUUUUGGAGCCAUGGUGGAAAAACUUGUCCGUGGUGGAGGGGUGUCAGCAGUGGGACACCGCCUUCUUACCACCACAAAUGUCCUAUUGCAGUUGGCAGAGCUGUCAUCUUUUGCCACAUUGGUGUUCACACAUCAUCUGGGGGAUGUGAUGGCAGCACUGUGCCAACUUGGCUACCAGCUGUCCCGGACAGAGAGAAGGGGCACUGAGGAGGAGAAGGAGCUCAGUGCUGAGGAUUGUCAAACUUGCAAAAAAGCCCUCAAAAGCCUUCUAGGAAAAGUCUACCAGCCAGUUGUUAUCAAGGAGCUACUGAUCCUCCAAGGUGGACCCAAACUGUGUGGUGCAGUGGGAAGCUUCAGUGGUUCAAGCAGAAGGGCAGCUUUGGGAUCAGCACCAGGCUGGUUGAGGCGUCUGUGUGGUCAGCUACUGUCUGAGCGCCUGAUGCAGCCUAACGGUGUCCAGGCUGUAGUCAGAGCGAUCCUGGAGGGAGGAACAGGGGGCGAGUCAGACUGGAGGAAAUGUGAUGGUGUGGCCAGGAUCCUGGUGGCCUGCCCUCAACAGUCUGCCUCAGCGGACAGCUACUAUAGACAAGUCUGUCCUCAGAUCCUCGACCUUCUGCACUUCAAAGACAAGCUGACAGCCCACCAGUUUCAGAGUGUGGCCACCAGGGUGGCAGUCUCCAUGGUGCAGGAGAAGCCCAGCUUUGCACAUCAGUACCUGCUCACUCCUCUGCUUGAGCCUCUACACCGCUGUACCACUGCUUCCUAUGAGAGUCAUUCCCAAGCUGCUGUGGAGGAGUGGGAGCUCACACGUUGUGUGGAGGAUGUGUACAAAAUCUGGGUGGUUGGAAACAGCCCAUCAGCUUCUCUACUCAAAGCCCUAGAAGAAGUUCUUCCUGUUAUUUUCACACUCUUCUGUUUCACCAAGCAGAAUGUCUCCCACCUACGUGCUCCCUGCAAGGACAUUUUGUUGUGGUACCUGAGCCACAGUGAGAUGUCUGUAGCCCUGUCAUCACUGAGGCAGCUUUCAGGCCUGCAGGAACAGAAGACAGAGACAGCACACUUCCACUUCACCCCAGGCAGUGAUGGAGGAGCCAGAUUCAAAUCCAGGGAUAACUUGAGUGAUGAGAACGAUGCUCUGUAUGAGAAGCUUUCAGGGGAGCAGUGGAGGCUGGAGUGUCUGAUGCAGUUGCUAGCUGAACUCAAAGACAGUGAUUUACCUGGAGACUUCUUACUGGACCUGCUGCAGGAACUUACCAGGUGGGCAGCUGAAGCAGAUAAAGUGAAGAAAGAUGAACAGGAGUUGGAUGUGUCAACCAUGACACUUCUGGAGGUGGAGGGGCAACUGCUCGGUCAAGCUGCGAGGCAAGGCCAGAGGCUCAUUUUACUUCAGGUGCUGGCUGUGAUGGUUGAGUCUCUGCAGCAUACUGUACUGCUGAGAAAAACCACACAGGUGGUUGACUUCAUAGUGUCAUUUAUUCAGAGGGCCUGUUUGGGUCUGGAUCAGAUCACUGACCCGAGUCUUGGGAACCCAAUAGAGAGCCAGACACUGAGCAUGGGGAUGGGCCUGGUGGCCACACUGCUGUCUGGACCUCAGUUUAGCGCAGAGGACUACUCUUCUAUGUCAAGGUUGCUCCCACCACUAGAGACACUGUCUCAGAAGCACUCCGAGGUGGGCAUCCAGGAGCUGGCAUCCAACCUCAGAACUGUCAUUGCCACUUACGGUUCCUACUGGCCUGAAAACCUCAGUGCUGCUACUCAACCCUCCAGAAACCCUGAGACAACAGCCAAGAACACCAGUGUGUCUUCUAGGAAAAAGCAAAAGAUGCAAACUGAAGCAAAUGACUCACAGAAUAGUUCACAUUCAUCUCUCCCAGACAGUAACACCCACAUCACACAUCCAGUGUCCUCUGGAGGGUCUGCAGCAGGAAUAACUCAACAUCCUGGAGGGAGGACCUCUGGCAAUAGUGCUCCUUGCCCCUCUACUGAGCCUUUUUCUAAUUGGCUGCUAGAGGCGUGUGACCCAGAUGUUCCAACCAGAGUGUUUGCCCUGAGAUUCCUGACCCAAAUGGUGCAAAAUGGAAACCCAGAGGCUGUCCAGGCCCAGGAGAAAGUGCUCAUGCUCUUUUUAGAAAACCUGGAGCAUGAAGACUCAUUCGUCUACCUGUCAGCCAUUCAAGGUCUGGCUGUGUUAGCUGAUUCCUACCCUAAGAGGAUCUUGGAAAGGCUCCUAAAAGACUUUCAACAUGGUCCCUCCCUGCCUACAUCCAACAUGGCGCAGUCCCUGGAAACCCGCCUCAAAGUGGGAGAAGUCCUCAUGAGGGCAAGCAGGGGUGUGGGGGAACUGGCGCCCCACCUUGGCCGUCCUCUGAUAGGCGUCUUCCUGCAAGGAACCAGGGAUCCGGACGCAAGAGUCCGGGCCAGCAGUCUGUCCAACCUGGGGGAGCUCUGUAAGCAACUGGACUAUGCCCUAGGGCCGCUAGCUCACGAGCUGAGCUCCUGUGUGACUGCUCUGAUAAAGACAGAAAAGGAGGCAGAGGUAAGGAGAGCUGCUGUCCACGUUAUUGCCCUGCUGCUUCAAGGUAUCAGCAACAAAACCACCCAGGUUCUCAGUGAUGUUUUGUUGGAUCUGUACCGAGCUUUAAAGUGGGUGGUGCGCUCAGAUCCAGAUGACGUUGCAGUACUGCAUGCCCAGCUGGCUCUGGAGGAGCUUGAUGAUGUAAUGCGGAGGUCCAUCUUCCCUGAACAGAAGCUGGAGAAGAAGAUUGUUGUGUUGCCGUAGAACUAAAUUUUUAUUUUGCAGGGUCUUCAUAAUCCCUUCAUGGUGUGAAUUUACAGAGAACUUUAUUUUUAUGUGCUGUGUUUAUAGGCAGUAAUAGAUCUGCUUCCAUGUGAUUGGAUUUUGUGGUCAGUUGGUUUCAGAACUACAAACCAAAGGUCACCAAACAGCAGUGAUGAAAUCCUUCAUGAAGUCUUUCCAUAAUGAAAGGAACAGUGACCCUACACCAGUGUGUUCUACUGUACCAUUUAUAUUCAACUUACAAAAUAAAGUUUUAACAAAUUCUUCCAUUUUA